AUGACAGAGUUCCCACUGUCCCCUCACACUCCAUUAUCUGCAUCCUUAACCUCUGUUUUGCCACACCAUAAAGGUUGUGGUGUUCCAUACGAGGCAGAGGCCAUGAACAUUGAGAAAGCCUUAGCAGACGGGAACUUGCUGGAAGUGGUCUCUGCCAUCAGAGAGACUGUGCAGAGAGCCUCCAGGACUCCAGUCAACAUUGCUGUGACAGGGGACUCUGGCAAUGGCAUGUCCACCUUCAUCAAUGUGCUUCGGAACAUAGGACAUGAGGAGGCAGCCUCGGCACCCACCGGGGUGGUGAAAACUACCCAAACACGUGCCUCCUAUUUAUCUUCCCAUCUUCCAAAUGUGGUGUUGUGGGACUUGCCUGGCACAGGGUCUGAUAUCGAAACUCCGGAGAACUAUGUGAUGAAGAUGCAGUUCAGCCAGUACAACUUCUUCAUCAUCAUCGCAUCUGAACAAUUCAGCAUGAAUCACGUGAUGCUUGCCAAAGCCAUCCAGGACAUGGGAAAGAAGUUCUACAUUGUCUGGACCAAGCUGGACCUGGACCUGGGCACCAGUACCCUCCCAGAAAGGCAGCUACUGCAGACUAUCAGAGAAAAUAUCCUGAAAAAUCUCCAGAAGGAGCAGGUGUGUGAACCUCCCAUAUUCCUGGUCUCCAGCCUUGAACCUUUGUUGCAUGACUUCCCAAAGCUUAGACGUAACUUGCAAAUGGAUCUCUCCGAAAUUAGGUGCCAUGGCCCUCUUCAAAACCUGUACCACACCUGUGAGAAGAUUGUUAAUAACAAAGUGACCUCCCUGCAGAAGAAAAUAACCACAGAGUCCUUCCAGGAUGCCUUAGGCAUCUUGGAUGCAGAUGAUGUGGCAGAGUGUCUGAAAGCCUAUCGAUUGUUCUUUGGUGUGGCUGAUGAAUCCCUCUGGCAGGUGGCACAGGUAAUGGGGAGCUCACUCACAGACUACACAAACAUCAUGAUGUGCUGUGAUGUGCAGGGUAUCAACAGAAAGGACUGGAGACUGAUUUGCAUGACUUGGACCGUCAUAAAGUCAUCCGUCAGCCUUCUUAGCUACAUCCCACGGUUAGGUGAUUAUAUCACCUCCUACGUCAGACAAGUGAAACAGAAAUGCUUCCUUCAGAUAGUUGCCAAGGACACCAAGACUAUCCUAAAGAAAGUCAUGAACGACUCCAUCAUCCCACACA